AUGGCUGCCUGUCCCCUGAAGCCCCGUCAGUGUCCUACUGAGCUCCUCCUGUCAGCAGCGUGGCCAGGAGCUCCCCUGACCCACGCCCGCAGCCUGAGUCACGCCCACACCCUAAGUCACGCCCACAGCCUGACCCACGCCCACACCCUAAGUCACGCCCACAGCCUGACCCACACCCACAGCCUGACCCACACCCACAGCCUGACCCACGCCCACAGCCUGACCCACGCCCACACCCUAAGUCACGCCCACAGUCUGACUCACGCCCACAGCCUGACCCACGGCCACAGCCUGACCCACAGCCUGACCCACGCCCACAGCCUGACCCACGCCCACAGCCUGACCCACGCCCACAGCCUGACCCACGCCCACACCCUAAGUCACGCCCACAGCCUGUCCCACGCCCACACCCUAAGUCACGUUCACACCCUAAGUCACGCCCACAGCCUGACCCACGACCACACCCUAAGUCACGACCACAGCCUGACCCACGCCCACACCCUAAGGGACGCCCACAGCCUGACCCACGCCUACACCCAAAGUCACGACCACAUCCUGACCCACGCCCACACCCUAAGGGACGCCCACAGCCUGACCCACACCCUAAGUCACGCCCACAGCCUGACCCACGCCUACACCCUAAGUCACGCCCACAGCCUGACCCACGCCCACACCCUAAGGCUUUAA